AUGUCUCGACCAAUUAUCAUAUCGACCAAUUUUCGUAGCGACCAAUUUUCGGCGGCCAAUUUUCGUUCGACCAUUUUUCGUUCGACCAAUUUUCGCUUUCCCCAAGCUGCUAUACUUGCUAAUAAAUACACAUCAACAUUUUCUACUUGGGUGUCAUCACAAAUUUGGCUUUACACACAGCUGCCUUCAACAGGUCUUGCCUCGACACUAACUGCCAUCAUACCCAACAGUCAGCAACCUCUGCCAUCAACAAUCAAUAGUCAAUUCCUCAACAUACUUUCAACUCCAAGUUCAUUGGCCGUGUUAGAUGUAUCAGGUGGAAUUCUUUUUCUUAUAUCUACUGAACCGGGUUACUAUGCUUCGACAGAUACAAGUCUUGGAUCAACGUCUAUUACAAUGCCUGUCAUCAGUACAACACAAAAUUGUCUUGGAGGUAUGAUGAAGAACGACAAUGGAGUCCAUCCAUGCUCACUUUGCAGUACGGGCUCAAGAAGUGGAGUAGGUAGCAUAAACUGCACUGUUUGUAAUGCAGCGGCUUUCUGUCCACUUGGCGCCGUGGCUGAAGUCGCCCUUAGCAAUUUAGAAGUGACAUCGCAAGCAUAUUCUUACAAAGAAAAUCCUGACACAACCUCGUUCGAUGAUAUUCUGUUAGCGAAUGUAUUUAAAAUUGGUUCGGAUAGUCGUUGUGUUGGUAUCUCUCCCUUGUUCUGGGCUCUCAUUGUUCUGAUUCCGGUAAUAGCUGUUGGUGCCACUCUGCUAACAUGUCAAUUUUAUUACAGAGAUUCACAUCAUUCUCGUCAUAUUAAAGCCAUUCAAAGAUGUUUUAAACGAACUGAUGUCAUCGGUGAAGGUGACAUGUGGAUUGGCGGUUUGAUGACGAUUGUACUCGUUGCACUUUGUAUUCAAGCGUAUGUCUUUAGUACUGCAUUCCUGAAUCAAUAUCCGUCAGAAAAAGUUAGUGAUAGUACCUUUGCUUGUGAUGUUACACUUCGUAACGCUCUGUUUGAAACAUCUUUACGAUCGCUUGCCAUUCCGAGAUCCGAUGAAGAGCAAAAAAUGUUCGAUUUACUUGAUAGUCAACCUUGGACUAUACGUGUUUAUUUGAUCAAUACAUUCAUUAAUUGUUCUUCAAUAUCUGCCUACCAAAUUGUCGGUACAUCAUCGAUUCCAAUCACUAGUUUGUCGUGUACAAGUGCAAAUUCAAUAAUAACAUUAUCCCUACUCUUAUCGUCUGAUACGGAAACAAUAGCCCUGACCAUUAACGAUAUUAGACCUAUUGGAGCCAUAUCGGUGGGUGCGACUGCUCCAGCAAAUGAUACUGAAAACACAGCGCUUAAAGCACUCAAUUUCAUGCAAACAUUUUACAGUACUAGCCAAACACUAGCUCAAUCAGUUCUUAUCUCUCUUACGAUCACCAAGGUAAGACAAAGAUAAAUUGUACUAAUACGUGCAAAUAUAUAUGUGUGGAAGUUGAUAUUGUCUAUGAAUCACUUUUUCAAGAAGAUUUCGAUAACUUUUUGAUACUGAUGUGGUUUCUUAGGCACGAUUUUGAGACAGGAUAAUUUUACAGGAUAAAAAGAAAUCAUUCCACAAUCAUCAUACAGAACGAUUGUUAAAAGUAUGUCACCUGCUUAGAUUAUGCUAAGUAAAACAGAAAUCGUGAAGAAAAAUCAUUAUAGUCUUAGAAAAAAUCUAAUGGAAUCUACAGACCAUAAGAAGCUUUUAAAGAAAAACUCUCUAAGAAUCCUUUCCUUCGUUUCGUACGGAAGUUUUCUCUGUUGACAACUUAAAAGAACUCCUUAAAAAGACUUGUUCUUUUAGUUAACUAAUAAAAUAUUUACGACUUCGUACGAUCAUCGAAUAUUUUCCUAUGCCUGUUAUUACACUGUUAACUUGUUUCAGCACUGACGUUUCAUUCAUGUUUUUCGAAGACAAUAUUCUAACUUUGAGUUCUUACUGGUAUGUAACUAUUUGAUUUUAAAUUAAUUACUAAUAGAAAGUACAUGUUGUGAACACUUUAUCAGAAAAAUAAUUGCUACAAGUUUUCGCAACUUUGGGAGAGACAUAUGAAAACAUAAGAUUGCCUUUUGAUGAAAGCUACUUUACUUAAUUUAGUUCACUUUGUACAAAUGCUGAAGAUAUCAUUAUUGGUUUCAUUUGUAAUAUGCUUUUUUAUUGAAUAAUGAUCAUUUUGCUAUUUCUUUCAUUUGUUAAAAUAGUCUUACAGAAGACGUUGAAUGAUAGCAUUUCGUGCUAAAAUUUUCAUCAUUAAUAGAUCUCGAUUUUCGCUAGAGCACUUUCUCAUAGUUACAGAUAAAACAAACUCACUCUAAGUAGAAUACCAUAUUAUUAUUCAAGUUUCUAAUCUUGAGAUGCCAUCUCACACAAAUUCGUAUAUAUAAGAUAAAACAUCUUGGUGAGAAUAAACUCAAUCUUUUAUCGCACUCUGAGGAAUGUUAAAUAACCAUUAAAUCUGCAAUUGACGAAAAUAUUACUUUAAAAUUAGACCAUUCAAUCUUUCCAGUAGUAUUAACAUGUCCAUAGGCAAAAAAUGAUCGAGUUAAAAUUUCAUAACUCGACAAGAAACGAUAAGAACUUGAAAAGAAACUGAAUUAUUCAGUGUUGAUCAAUAUCAACUGAAUUGAUGAUGUUUCGAUAGAAAAGAAAAAAAAUGAAGAGACUUUCUUUUUGAGUUUUGUAUACCUAUCGUGGAAAAUGAUUCGUAUAGAUGGUUUCUUUGUUCAAUAAUUACUCUUAUUCCGCUUAUAGAGUCUUCAAAAAAGACGUUUUUCUGUUACUUAAAACAUUAAUCAAAUGUCUGAAACAGCAUCUGAAGUUAUUGGUAAAUGCACAUAUAUAUAUAUCUUCAUUUUACAAAAUUCUAUAGAAUCUUUUAGUUCGAAAUUGCAUUUAAGCCAUCUGGAAGAACAUACCAUGAUGUUACUUUUAACUUUUUUGCAAUAGAUACUCGAUAUACAUAUGUACGCAGAUUUGUAGAUAUUCCUAUGAGUUGUUAAUUUAUUGUAUGAAGAUAUGGCUAUCUAUUUACAUAACUGCCGAUGCCAUACAUUACAAUUUGAUCAAAGAAAAACUAUUUUACCAAACUGUAACAAAAUAAUUAAGCAAGAACUUUUUAAUUGAAAUAAGUUCAGGAACAACUUUUCUUCUCUCCUAAAAGUGAUAUGAAAUCGGUCACUCAAUGAAAUAUCGAUCGAAAAUACAGUACCCGAUAAAAGUAUCCUCCCCCCUUGGAUCUCAGUCACAAUAUGAGCUGUAGGUCUGAAAACUAGUGUACACAUAGUUCUCAAUGAAUGCUGAUCAGUGGAUACCAUCGGCACCUCGAUUGCAUGGAGUAAAAGAAAGUUAUAAUGUAUGUAGUCUCUAUCCAUUGUGAACUUCAUAACUCAGGAAGGAAAAGAUUUUAUGGAUCGGGGUUGGUUUCAUUUUGUAGCUCUGCAUUUUGGCUAUUUAUAGUAAACGUUUCAUUGAAAUUCAAAGAGUUAUUAUAGAACUAGAAUCAUUUUAUUGUAAGUAUCGAUAUAUAGCAAAACCGAUCUGUCGCAUUGUGUAGUUCAUAAAUCAGUGAAAGUUUGACAGAUCGACUUCAAACUUACAGAGAAGGUUGCCCUACAGACUCUUAUUGUUCUCUGAAAUUUUCAAACUUAUAUCUUUUACUAGAGGGAAAUGGCACUAUGUUCAAGUUCUAGAUGUU